GUGAUUGGCUUGCCGGGACAAUGCCGAAAUCCCUUGAACUUUGAGCUCCCAGCUGAAAGCGGCGAUAAACAAGCGACCUAUAAAUACCAGGGCUUGGCAACAGCCGUCGCUAUUUUCUCCUCCUCUCCCUUCUUGCACGCGUGAACGUGCGGCACAGCCGAGCAAAGAAAGGGGUGGGGCCGCGGCCAAAGCCCAGCCAUGUGGGUUGGGCUGGGGCUUGCCCUGGCUCUCUGCCUCCUCCCAGGAGGAGGGACGGAGAGCCAGGGCUCCAGCCCCCGCUGUAAAGAACCUCCAGAUUGGUUUAUCGGGGAAGAAAAUCCUAUGCUGGACUCCAGAGGCUUUGUAACAGUCGUCGCUCUUCUCCAAGCUAGCUGAUAUUUGUGCCUGCUUCAGGCUUCCAGGCUGGAUGACCUGCGACUGAAGCUGGAAAAUGAUGGAUUUACCAAUGUCUCCUUUGUGGUAGUCAACCACAAAGGGCCCCAUUCCCAGAAAACUUAUCCCCAGCUGAGAAAGAGAGUUUCAGAGAAUAUUCCUGUGUACCAGCAGCAGACAUCCCAGCCUGAUGUUUGGACUACUCUAAACGGAAAGAAGGAUGACUUCCUGAUCUAUGAUAGGUGUGGCCGUCUUGUGCAUCAUGUUGGUUUGCCUUACUCCUUUCUGACUUUCCCGUAUGUGGAAGAAGCCAUUCAGAUUGCAUACUGUGAAUCAACAUGUGGAAACUGUUCUUACAUGACCCCCGAGAUUGAAGAAAGAUGUAGCAACUUAAUGAAGAAUGAUUCGGUACCUACCGAGGGAGCGCUUCCUCCCCCAGAACAUCAUGGGCACCAUCACGGACAAGGGGACCCGCUUUCUGACAAUCAAAACCAGCGUGGCACUGGUCACGGCCACAGCCAUCGAUCCCAUCAGGGCCAGCAGCAACAGUACAGGGUUAGCACAGGUCAGAUAGGUAGCUUGGAGAUAGCUGUAGCUGCCCCACAGCAAGCUGUAGAUGCCGCCCCACAAGCGAUACAUCUUUGACGAAAAGGAAAUGCCAUUUGCAACCGGCAGUUGAACUGAGCCUGGCCACAGGAGACAGGGCCCGCUUCAGGUAGCUGAUGCUGACACUGACGGCACCUGUUGUUUGCAGAUCUAGCUAGCACGGCCUCCUGAUACUGUCGGGGAGAGCUCCCAUCUUCCUGCAGGUGACAGGGUCAGCUGUUGGCAGAGAACGUCCUUGAGUCUUGACAGUGACGGCUGCCCACAGCUGCUUGACAGUCACAAGCAAGAAGCGAGCCUGUUCUAUCUGAUGCCUGACUUUGAGAUGGACGGGCGGGAAGCUGAGCCUGACGAGCAAUCUAAACAUCUUCAGCACUAGGGAAGAUCACCCCCUUUUAGAAUGCGUUCCGUAACAGGACAGUUGUUAGUACCACCAGAUGUGCAUUUGCUCAAGACAGCACAACAGAGGGUCUUAUCUCAACAGUGAUCUUCCUGUGAGGGUACCAUUAUGUGACUGUUCAAAAGAGUCAGCUGUGCAACUGCAUCCCACAAAUCAGUCCAGUUAGCAUGCUUGGAUUUCAGCCAUUUGCUUUUGGUGGAAGUCGAGGUCUGCAGCUUCACUGAUUUGGACCGAGUCUGCAAAAUCAGCUGGUGUCGCUUUUGGAAGAAACACCACCCUCAUAAUGGUAUGCUUUCUCCCCAGUGCUAGCUCAGUUGUUUGUAGUAUUUUGGUAGCUCAUCUUCCUUGUUUCCUUUUCUACCAUUCUAUUUGUAUUUAUGACAAUAGAAGCAGAAACUAUGACCUAGGGGCUUCUGUUUGAUGUAUUACAACUAAGAACAGAAGAGGACAAGGAAAGACAUGUUUACCACUUUUUGAAAACCAUAUGUAGUAUAUGGUCUUUUUUUCUUAUGAGAAAGAUUAAGAAAAUACAUACAAAUUGGGUUUCCCCCCCACUAAAGAUCCACAGUGUAAAACAUGCAUAAGCAGCAUUCUAAGCAAUAUAUUAUCAACCUAAGAGGGAUUCUGCUAGAAUCUAGCUCCAAGAAAAUAUAUUUUGUACAGAUAUGUAAGCAUAAACAGUUCCUUCCUAAGCAGAGUGAUGCACUUCUAAAUCAAUUGAAAUAAUUGGGCUUAGAAUCAUGUAACUCUGUUUCAGACUGGAUGUCUUGGGCUGCAAUCACACACACUAAAUGCACUUUCAGUCCACUUUCCAGUUCAAUCCACGUGAACUGGCAAAAUCCAGUUUGAAAGUGCAUUAUUUAGUGUGCUUGAUGGCAGCCUUGUAGUAAAUUAGCCCAGUUUCCUGCCUGUGUGCAGAAGCAUUUUUAAAGUAACUGUUUCUCAAAUUGCUUACUCACAAGCAGUUCCACUGGAAGCUAAGGGUCAGAGACAUUAGGAAUUGGGGCUGAGGGGGUAUAUAGGAUAGUACGGAGCAGGGGCAAGCAGAUCUCAUUAAACGAUGAGGGCUUUAAACAUUUCUGUUGAUCAGAUGUGAGAAUCAGUAUAGCAAUCUACCAUUUCUGUUGAUCUGUGAUUUGUCACACUGGAGCCCAAUGUCAACUUUUAUAACUGAUUAUUAACAUUUACAUAACCUUUCUCUCUUCUUUGUAGCGAAAUACUAUGUUUCGUUGUUACACUUUGCAUUUCAGAAAUGAACUGAAUUUUUAUGUUGAUCUUGAAGGAUUUAGAGAGGAAAGAAAGCGUUCAACAAAGAGGGAAUUUGCUUAGAAUGUGCUUGCUGUAGUUAUUGAUGGUUUAAUAGGGAAAUCAGGUCCUACAAAACUUGAAUUCUUUUAUGGCAAGUGCUUUGUAAGCAUGAAGGAAGUUUGGCAUACAUGCUGACUUUAUGCUUGUGGUGCAACUGAUAAGGGAAUUUUUAAUAAAAGGAAAAGUUGGCAGUC